GUAGUCCAAGCACUGAAUUGUAGAACUGGAAGUAUAUUGUAAUAUAAAUUAUAAGUUUAUUAUAAAAACCAAGUCAAUUGCUUACGGUAUUGAAAUCGUAGAUUUUUACGUACGUUCCUUUUAAUGUGUGUAGUAUCCAAAGCAUUGAGUUUGUAAAUUUGAUCUGUCUAUCAUGGAGUUUCAAGCAGUUGUCAUGGCAGCAGGGCGUGGGUCCCGUAUGACAGAACUAACAACAGGAUGUCCAAAGUGCCUUCUACCUGUUGGAAAUGUGCCUAUGAUUUGGUAUCCCCUAAACCUUCUAAAAAGAAAUGGUUUUCAAGAAGCCAUUGUAAUUGUACCUGAAAUGGCCAAGAACGAAGUUUCAGAAGCUCGAAUUGAUACAAAAGUGGAUAUGAAACUGGAUAUUGUAACUAUCCCAUCAUCAGAAGACUGGGGAACAGCUGAGAGUAUACGUUACAUUAAGGAUAAAAUAAAGGUUGACGUUCUGAUUAUCAGCUGUGAUCUUAUCACUGACUUUGAAUUGCAUCAAUUGGCAGAUGUAUAUCGUACCCACAGUGCUUCACUGGCCAUGUUAUUAGCUCCAGUUUCUUUAAGUUUGGUUAAUGCCCCUGCUCCUGGACAGAAAGGGAAGCAUAAAAGAGUGCGAGAUAUUGUAGGCAUUGAAUCCCACACUGGCCGUUUAAUGUUUGUGAAUUCUGAGGCAGAUUUUGAAGAAAACGUUCCUCUAAGAAAAUUCAUUUUAACAAGACACCCAGUUGUUCAGGUUCAUAGUGAUUUGAUGGAUGCCCAUCUGUAUCUGAUGAGUAAGUGGCUUGUAGACUACCUAGUUGAAAAUGAAAAUAUUACCACCAUUAAGGGUGAACUUCUACCCUCUGUUGUCAAGAAGCAGUUCUAUCACAGUAAGACAGAAGGAAAGAACGAUAUUACAAACAUGAAAGCUUCAGUGACUUCUGUGGAUCCAAAGAAAGACAUUCACUCACAUAAGAAAACAGGUGAAUGGUACGAUUUGUUAAGCGAGCUGUCAACAAGAAGUAAUCAGUGGGGGAGUUUGGAUGACUGUUACCAUGGGGAUCAAGUUCGUUGUUAUGGGUACAUCAUGAAAGAUGGGUUGUGUGUUCGGGCUAACACUUUGGGAUCGUAUGCUGAAGUUAAUAGACUGAUUCCUAAGAUAUGGGACAGUGUAACGGGUAACAGUGAGCGACCAAUAUCUGCUUCCCUUUCUCGCUCUAAGAGUCAGGGUGGAGAUGACAGUAUGAUAGGAGAAGGUACAAACAUUGCUGACAAAGUGACCAUCAAGAAAUCCAUCAUAGGAAACCACUGCCAGCUAAAGGAGAAGGUCAAAUUGUUAAACUGUGUGAUAAUGGACCAUGUGACUGUAGAAGAAGGGUCCACCCUCCAGUCCUGUAUUCUCUGUAGUAAUGCUUUUGUUGGGAAAGGCAGUGAACUUAAAGACUGUAUAGUAGGACAACAACAAAGAGUUAUGGACUUGUCUAAGUUGAGCAACGAUGUCAUCCUGGAGAUUGAAAAGUUCAUUGAAAUUUGAAAAUAGAAGUGGCUACUGUUCCUCUGUAGUUUGAGUUUCUCACGCAAAGGAUAUACCAUCAACAUAUCUACAUUCACACAACAUAUGUACCAUCAGUACCCAGAUUCACACCACUGAUAUACUAUCAAACUCCCCACAUUCACACAACACUUGUACCAUCAGUAUCCAGGUUCACACCACUGGAAUACCAUCAAAGUCCCAUUAAUGUGUGACAGUGAUGUUGCUUAGCAUUUUGAACAGGGUUAAUGGAUGUAUGAGCUAAUUACAGUGGGGAACCAUAUAAAAGUAGGUAAUAUUUUAAUAUUGACUUAUAACCACUUAUGUUGAGAGAUGUACAUAGUGUAGAGGGUUUAGAAAUGUUUGAACGACUGUAGAAACAAUUCCAAUAUAUAUAUAGUUACUCUGUACUCAAGUUAUAGACAUCCAUGGUUAACUCUAGUUCCAGUUACUAAAUGUGUCCAAAUUAGUUUCAAAGUUCUUUUUUUCACAAUAUUUUGAGCUAUAAGAACAAUCUUCACAGAACUGUCAAAACCUGUCAUCUUGCACACCCGGGAUGACUUGUUUUUUAUUAGUUACUUUAUCCUUAGAGAACAUUACUUUUCAGAACGUGCUAGUAAGGUUUGUUUUUUAAUCGACUUCUUCAGGAUGAAACACCCAAGGCAUAUUCCUAGGACGGCCACAAGGAGCAGGACUAACCCAACAGUAAUUCCAGCCACCACUCUCUUACUGGUACAUACAACACCUUUAUCUUGAACUGAAAGAUACACCAUAAAGAAGUCAUAGUAUUAAAAUGACAUAACAAUAUACCUUAAGUGAUUAAACAUUUUAAAUUCUUUAGCACCAGGAGUUACCUAUAAAACUUUUAAGACAAGUUUUUAUGUUAUAGGAUGAUAUUCACUACUUAGCUAUAAUUGACCUUGAACAAGUUCUUUUUUUCAUUUAAGAUCAGUCAAGGAAACAUCUGUAUCAUUGACUUUAAAGUUAGUUCUUUCUCUAUUUGUCACAAGAUGUUAUGUUUAGAACAAGUUGAGAAAAUUGGAUUUUUGCCUUUCAAUAUACUGGAAAUACAGCUCAAAAUUUAACACUUAAAACAAUGUUAACAAUAGAAAAGCUGAUAUGUGAAUGUAUGGAAAAAA